AUGGGGGGCAAAUCCGCUAACAAGGCCGGCUACUUCGACAAGCUCAAGGGCUUGCUCGAGGAGUACAAGUCCAUCUUCAUCGUCGGCGUCGACAAUGUCUCGUCUCAGCAGAUGCACGAGAUUCGCCACGCCCUCCGUGGCGAGGCCGUCGUCCUGAUGGGCAAGAACACCAUGGUUCGCCGUGCCCUCAAGACCUUCAUCCCCGACUCUCCCGAGUACGAGCGUCUCCUGCCUUACGUCAAGGGCAACGUUGGAUUCGUCUUCACCAACAGCGACCUGAAGUCCAUCCGUGACAAGAUCCUGGAGAACAAGGUCGCCGCCCCUGCCCGUGCCGGUGCCCUCGCCCCCGCCGAUGUGUGGGUCCCCGCUGGCAACACCGGUAUGGAGCCCGGCAAGACCUCUUUCUUCCAGGCUCUCGGUGUCCCCACCAAGAUCGCCCGUGGUACCAUUGAAAUCACGGCCGACCUGAAGCUCGUCGAGGCCGGCACCAAGGUCGGUCCCUCUGAGGCCACCCUGCUCAACUUGCUCAACAUCUCCCCCUUCACCUACGGUCUGGGCAUCGAGCAGGUCUACGACCAGGGCAACACCUUCCCCCCGGAGGUCCUGGACGUCGGCGAGGAGCAGCUCCUGAAGGCCUUCGGCAGCGCCAUCAGCACCGUUGCCUCGGUCUCCCUGGCCAUCGGUUACCCCACCCUGCCCUCCGUUGUGCACUCUUUCGUCAACGGCUACAAGAAGGUCAUCUCCGUCGCCAUCGAGACCGACUUCUCCUGGCCCGAGAUCGACGAGCUCAAGGACCGCAUCGCCAACCCCGAUGCUUAUGCCGCCGCCGCCCCUGCCGCUGGCGCCGCCGACUCUGGUGCCGCCGCUCCCGCUGCUGAGGAGAAGAAGGAGGAGGAAGAGGAGGAGGAGGAUGACGACAUGGGCUUCGGUCUCUUCGACUAA